AGAGAAAUUUAUUAGUCUGGUAGCACUGCUGGACACGUCAAAAUCAGUUGAGGUUGACGUAAACAUGGAUGGGCAAUUAUUGGAACCUACGUUAUAUACGGUAAAAGGAAUGGCAAUUCUUGAUAAUGAUGGCAAUCGAAUCCUGGCGAAAUAUUAUGACCGAAAUGUCUUUCCCACAUCAAAAGAACAGAAAACAUUUGAGAAAAACUUGUUCAACAAGACGCACAGAGCUAAUGCUGAGAUCAUCAUGCUGGAUGGUCUGACGUGUGUUUACAGAAGUAAUGUAGAUUUGUUUUUUUAUGUCAUGGGUAGCUCACAUGAAAACGAGUUGAUAUUAAUGAGCGUGCUGAACUGCUUAUAUGACUCUGUCAGUCAAAUUCUUAGGAAGAACGUAGAAAAGAGAGCAGUCUUGGACAGUUUAGACAUAGUAAUGUUGGCAAUGGAUGAAAUUUGUGAUGGAGGCAUAAUUCUGGAUGCGGAUGCAACAAGUGUGGUGCAAAGAGUAGCAUUAAGGACAGAUGACAUUCCACUUGGGGAACAAACAGUAGCACAGGUACUGCAAUCGGCCAAGGAACAACUUAAAUGGUCACUAUUAAAAUAAACAACAUAUUUGUUUGCACAUAAUUUUCUAUGUUCAUUCGCAGCAUACAUACAUACCAUGGGAAGCUAUUAUUAAUUAUCGUUGUACAGAAUAUAAAGUUUUAUUAGGGAUAUUAUAAAUGUAUGUAAAUUUUCCUAUAAUCAGCCUUGAUAAAAAAUGCAAUUAAUUGAUGA